AUGGGCCGUAUGAAUGCCGGCCUCUCGGGGCCCCUAGCCUUCGACCCUGACACCAGCUCUGCCUAUGAUGCUCUGCAGCCACAGCCUUCGACCCAGGACUUCAGCCAGGAGCCCACUGAGGAGCCUACAGUGCAGUCCCUUGCCGAACGCCUUAGAGCCUUAGAUCUCUGGAAGCUCGCAUCGGUAUUUUGGAAGCCGACCGACGUGGCGCCCAGCAAGCCUUGUGGCACCAUAGCCGUCGAGCCCGUGAACAGCCACGUCUUCGAUGCCUUCUUUCGCCCUGGGGUAGCCGGGCUGCUCUUGACCCUUCAGCAAGCCUUCCCUACGAUAGCCGUCUACUUUACAGAGGCAGCCGUUGAUGCCUGCCAGUAUCAGGGACCCUCCGCCUGGUUGGACUCCGAAGGAGAUCCAGAAGCGAAGAUUCCACCAUGCUAUCCCUGCUCAGGUCCAGCCUUCUUCAGGACCCAUGUGUGCACGUGCCUCACCUUGCAGUCUUUCUUUCUGCGCGCCACAAUGCAAUCCCUCAGAGCAUUUUCGUUCACAGCGCCUAUGGGAGCUUCAGCGUCAUCCUCAGCCAUGGCGUCCGACCACGAUGCCUUUUCAGAUUGGCUGAAGACCUUGGCCCCAGAGGAGUUAGCCAAGCUCAAAGCCUUGCAUUCUGCCUCGGCGCAGACGGCAGCCGACACAGCCGUGCAGGAUGAUGCUCGGCCUUGCGAUAGUUCUUCCAGCCUAUCCCCUCGUAGCCUUCUUGUCUACCAGAACCAGGAAGCCUUCUAUCAUGCCCAAGACGGAUGUUACACAGGCCCUAUUCCAGCUUGUUUUGACUACGUCCCGCCUCAGGACGUGGCAGACCUUGAUGAUGCCGACACGGCCCAGCCUUCCCAGGCCGAACCGGCUCAGCCUUCCCAGCCUUCUGUACCUGCAGCCGACGCCGAAGCAGCUGCAGUCACAGAGCAGCCCAUUGAAGCCGAGGGAGAGUGCCUCCCUAUGAAGGAGCCUUCUUCCUCUACAGCCUUUCACGCCAUACCACAGGCAGGCCUUCAUUCUAUGAUGGGGCAGCUCAUCGACGUGACAUCCGUCGUCACAGCAGCCACACACCAGCAGCCUUUUCCUCUGCUUUUCUUUGAUCCCGAGGCCCAGUCCAAGCCGAUCAACCGCCACGAGCUCUGGCAGCCCAUCAAGCGCCCUGACCUAGCGACCCCCCCGCCGGCGCAGCAACCUUCCUGCCCCGACUCAGCCAAGGCCCCGUCGCCAGAUCCGCUGACCAAAGCCAUGCCCCAGGUGCAGCAAUCCCCGCCGCCCAAGCCCAAAGCCGCGGAGCCAGAGACGACGCAGCCACCAACCACGUCGCCCCCACAGGCUCCCUCAUCCAGCCAAGCACAGCCCAUGCCGACUGCAACCACAGCCGUGCCUUUCUGUCCUUACCAUUCAGCCUGCGGUCGCGAACUCAACGAAGGCGACCGCGGUUCCCGCCUGCUCUCAGCAAAGGGGGACUCCACCAACCGCCGGGACCUCGACCCAGCUGGCGGGCCCACUCAGAUUACCAGGAAAGGCCAGGAAGCUUCCAGGAAAGCCAAAGCUCUAGAACAGUGGAAGGAGCUUCUAUGGCUCCUCGGGCAAUCGGCAGAUUUGUACCGCAGCCUUCAGGAGGCCAAGUAUUCUCAGCAGCUACUUGCCCAGAGCAUUAUGCCCUGUACUGCCGGCACGCUGGAAACCUACUUGUCAGCCUGCAGACAGUUCAUCGAGUACCUCAUCCUCAACAGCCUUGCAGUCAGCACGGUCUCCGUAGCCAGCCUUGGAGACCUGCUAUGGGCAUGCCACUCCAGCCUCGAAGAAGAUAGAGAAGUGUGCCGAACCGGCCCUAAGCCGAUGAUCAAAGCCCUCUCAUGGCUAGCCAAGACAGCCGGCCUCGCCCAGCUUGCAGCUGUGCUUUCAGACCGCCUCAUCAGGUCCUUUACGGCCCAGGCCGACACGGACAGGAGAGAAGCCUUGCCACUGCCACUUGCCGUGGUCACAGCCUGGGAGCGCCGUAUAUGCCAGCCGGAGUGCCCAAUCGAACUUUGCCUCUUGCUGGGGGGAUUCCUGCUAGCCUUGCACGGCGGCUUGCGAUUUGGGGAUCUUCAGUGCAUGGCACACGAAAACGACCAAGCGGGGUUGGACCAAUCGCCAGGGGAGGACAGCACCCGACAGUGGAGCCGCCUUUUUCAGCUAGCCCGAUCCUCAGCCUGUACCAAGCGCUGCGCAAUCCCAGCAAGAGACCCCUGCAGCCAUCAGCCUCCUCCGACCACACCAGCAGACGACAUUGAAGCCCUGCUAGUGGAGAGCUUUGCGGUCACGCAAGCCGAUUCUUCCGACUCGGAGGACCUUGCUACCCCGCCGACAGUGGAAGACAUAGCCUUGUUCCAGAAUGGACCUUGGGGGUCCGUGCAUGCUCAGCCGUUGGGAGCCGACAAAGCGGCCUGCGGGUUGCCAGCAAGCGUGGCUCUCUUUGAGCAAUCGGAGCUCGCAGCCUUCCUGCAGGCGCAGGGGGCUCCACAUGCCUACGUCACGCGCGCGACGCCAACGUCUGCGCUAUCGACCUUUCCCAAGAAGAUCCCCAGCAGCUGCCUGACCUCCUCCUUCAAGCAAUUUGGUCCCGGGCGCCUCCUUUCUGCGAGGCAGUCCACGAUCGGGGGGCUCUUCCUCUGUCCUGAGCCAGAUUCCGAUAGGGUACUCCUGGCCACAGCUCCCUUACCCACUUGGCCCUGUGCAGAUCCGGGUCUCGCAGCCUUGGAAGCGGCUGGCAUGUUUGCGGCCAUGCCACUUUCUACCAAGCCCGCCCAGCGGCCAACUCUAGCCUCAGCCUUGCAAUGCCAUGAGGAGCUAGCCAAGGACAGGGCCCCCAAAGGUGAUGGGGCUGGUAACGCCAGCUCGGCGGAUUGGAGCCGGCCUAAGCCGAGUAUUGCAGCCAUGGAGGACAUCAUGCAAGCCUGGCUCACAUGGGCAUCCCAGCGUGACUUGCCCAAACGCGUCUUUGCACACCUCUCGCAAAGCAAGCCGGACCAUCCCAUCCCUGAGGAGGACCAGCUCGAACUCAUUCGGAUAGCCUGUGAAGUCAUGGAGUGGGACUACGACUCCAUGGCGCAGGCGGCCGAAGGCCAGCCUUUUCGCCUUAACCUCUUGCAAGCCUUUGCAGAUCUCCUCGACCCAGACAAAGAUCUCCCAGCCAUGCUACGCGUCGGAGUGCACACAGGAGUCUUUGAUCCCAUUGAGCCCUCAGGGCUCUGGCCUCUAGCCAAGAUUCAACCUUUGGCCUCAUCAGGGCUAGAGGUCUGCGAGGGCAACUGGAAGCCGGCGGAGGCAGACCCGGACACAGUCCGAAGCCUUUUAGCAGAGGAAGAAGCGGCCCGGAUCAUCGAGGUCAGCAGUCGACCAGUUCACUGCAAAGCCGACCUCCCGCCACAGCCCAAGUCCUCUGGUAUUGAGGCCAUCCCGACCACCAGCCUCUCACUUCCGCCCCUGGUCGCAUGCCUAGCCAGAGCUGACGCCAUGGCCGAAGGGGACAGACAUGGCCUGGUUUGCCAAGCCUGGACCAUGGACGAGGUCAGGCCCUUUCUCACCAAGGAUGCCCACAAAUACAUCGCCUGCUUUGAGACCUUGGCUCAGCUAGCACUCGCCAUGACAGCCCGAGAACGCCACGCCUUCUCGCAGUUUUCGGUCUGCUUGCCAUCGCAGAGCGAUAACACGCCCUCGGAAGCGGGCAUCAACAAGCUUUUCACAACCAGCUGGCCCCUCUCACAGUUCCUACAGCUGAUAGCCUCAUGGUCAUCCUGCCAUGGCGUUGACCUACAGGUGUCCCACGUUGCGGGCGCACACAAUCAAUGGGCAGACGACGUCAGCCGAGGUCGGCUACAAGCCUUCAGCCAUAGACCGCAAGAACGGGUGAGAAUCAGCUUCCACCGCCUCGCCUCGGCGGCCUCUCAGGCCACCUGGUCUGCAUCCCCGCCCACGCCAAGUCCACCUCCACCGCCCGCGGUGGGGGAUACUUGCCUGCUGCCUUACCGGUUGGAUCUGUCCCUGAAGUGGGGGAGUUUAUGCCUUGGCUAG